CUGCCUCCAUUUCUAUAUUUUUUAAUUGUAUCUUACCUGUGCAACUUAAUUUAGUCUUGUGUAGACUACAGUCAUGUAGGGAAAAACAAUAUUUCUAGAUUGAAAAACAAAACAUUUUUAGAAUUUGACUAGUCCAAAUAUUAUGUAAGAUAUUGGUGUGAAUUAGUGUAGUACAUAGUCUACUUAGAGGUACAUUGUCAGUAGGUUCUUGUUGAUGGUUGCAUCAUAAUUCGUAUCAAGGUUUUUAGCAUACCCUGGUGGUAUAUCCUUGAGCAAGUACCCUUUGUUUAGGUACACUGUGGGGUAGAUGCUGGUGUCACGCCUUAUAGUAGAUGUGUGCCGAAGAUAAGAAAUAUAUUUUUUGUUGUCACAUUCUUCUUUGCCUGUCCUGUUUGCUUUAUCUUAAUAUUGCCUUUUUAAAAUGACAAUGCAUAUUUCAUAUAUCAGUCAUUCUGUAUAAGAUUAUAUUACGUUAUUUGUCUGUUUGUAUGACUGUUGGUGAAACUCUCGCCUCCCCUCAUGAGGACCAUGACGGACGCUCGACUAAUACGGUGACGUUCUUUAUAAUCUUUCUUUUCAUGUUGAACUUGUAAAGCAGCUACGUCCGAGCCAACUCUGGCAGAACCUCGUACUCGUUCGUCAUUCCCAUGGUUGGUUGCGGCACCAGGACCUUUGAUAACGAUGACGACGGCAGCACCGGCUUCGAAAAUAUGAUUAUGAUUCAAAAUGAAGAAAUUGUCCAGGAAGUUUGGGAUACCGCCCGCAAGAUCACUUGUGACUGGACAACCCGCAUGGAAAAACUUAUUACUUUCCGACCUUUUGCUGUAGAUAUGCUGCAGGCAAAAGAGGUCCGUUAUUCAGGAGAUGAUGUCAUGUGUUGGAUGGAUAUACAACUUGGCAAAGGCCCCUUUUCAAACACAGUAGAUGGUAUUGUUAAGAUUGGUGAUGAGCUUACUGUUGUGAUUUAUUCUAAGGAUGGUGGUUCAGAAUUUGACAUGCUUGUGAAGAACUGCUUUGCCUAUGAUUCAGAUGAUUUGGAAGAUGAAAGAACAACCCGCCUCCAACUAUCAGAUGAACGUGGCUGCCUCCUGAAGCCCAAAUUGAUGAGUUACUUUUCCCGCACACGGCAGACUGGUACCACCGGUGCAGACAUUAUUGCUUUUGCUUCACUCUUUGCCUUCAAGUUUCCAGAUAAAAUGGAUGUUUACUUAUCUUGUGAAGUUGAAUUGUGCAAAGGUGGGUGUACCAACAUGUGUGAAGAUCCUGCCUUCCCAACGAACCUGAUAUCUCGGUUUGUUUCCUCAUCUACAACCACAACCACACGUGCACCUCCUGAUAUAUGUGUCACUCGGCCUGGAUUACCAAGCUGUUGUGCCAAGAACCCCAGCCAUCCAGCCUGUACUACCACCACUACUCCUCGUCCAGAUCCUUGUGCUAUUAAUCCCGGAUCACCUCAGUGCUGUGCUAGAAACCCUAAUCAGCCACAGUGCACCACAACUACAACUAGACGCACAACUACACAGCGCACCACCACACCACCUCGAGACCCUUGUGAUAUUAAUCCAAGAUCACGUGCAUGUUGUGCAAGAAACCCUACAUCACCUCAGUGCAUAACUUCUACCACCACUAGGAGACCAAUCACCACAACUAGGAGUGACCCUUGUUUGUUCAACCCUGGAAGUCCCAGCUGCUGUGCAAGGAACCCCAACCAUCCCCAGUGUAUCACUACCACCACAACCAGACGUAUAUUUACAACCACUACAACCACUGCAAGGCCUGAUCCUUGUCUGUGAAUCCUAGAUCAACACAGUGCUGCAGCAUACGGCCAAAUUCUCCUCUGUGCACCACAACAACCACACGACCCACAACCACACGUCCCACAACCUCACGUCGUAUUAUAACUACUACAACUCCAAGACCAGAUCCCUGU